CCGUCCUGAAACUCUUCGACGUUUACGAUCGUAGGGUAAGUUUACAUUUAGUUACUACAAGCAACUUUAUUUUAUCAAAAUAAAACAUAGCCUAUAUUACUCAAGGACAGCGUAGUAGCUUUCUAUUACUGAACAAAAUUUUGAAAUCGGUUCAUUAGUUCCGGAGAUUACCCCCUACAUACGAACAAAUUUUACUUCUUUAUAAUAUUAAUACAGAUUUGCAUAGAUUCCGAAAUUUUCUUUGCUUCGCAGUCGUUCAUACGGACGUACGUUUUGGACAAUGUCUACAUUUGCUUGUUGAUGCACAUUAUCUUCUAUGCGGCUCUGUGGUACGCCACCGUUGUGAUCAGAAAAAUGGAGAAGUCCAACGCGCAGAUGCUGAAGGUGGUGAGGGAGAACAGAACGAGACUGGAAGACGUCGCCGCGUUGAAGGACAAGAAGACGGAGUACGAGGAGGUGGUGAUCAAAGUAAAGGAAGCACAGAAGGUGACCUCAGCACAUCUCGAGAACGAAUUGCGGAGGCUCAGCACAGAACUAAUCGCCGCCGCGGAGAAGCUGUCGGACCUGGAGCAGAUCGUCGAGAAAGUACCAAAAAAUAAAUCAUUCCUCGCUACAAAUCGUGCGGGAGGGCGUCCGAGAGCCCUGCGGGCGACGUCGCUGACCGAAAAGCCAAACUCGCGGCGAACCUCCAAGGAGGAACGUCCUCGUUCGAGGACCUCAAGAUUUUGGAACCGUCCUUUCCACCGCCUCUACCUCCGCCCAGAAAAUAUGGAAUCUUUGUCGCUCGACCUCCUGGGCAACGUCGUCCGUCUCCCGCGGCUGCAGCUGCAACUCCAGCCCCAAAACUCGGAUUCAAGUAACAACGCGUCGGUGGAAGCUUCCUCGGAGUCCAUGGCUCCUCGACGCGGAAGCAGAGCCGUCUGGAGCAGCGGCGAUUAUCGGGACGACAAGAGGAGAAGACGAUGCGGAAAAUUUCGACGUUUCGAUGCCAGGAAGCUGUUCACGGAAUCGCUGAGGAACGUCACCCCAUUCACCAGGUCCUUGCUGGGCCUCGCGACACUUUUCACCAGGGAGAAAUUUUAAACUCGCGGGACGUUUUAAUAUUUACAACUUUUAAUAAAUCCCCCUUUGAACAGAAAAACUGCGCGUGUGUUUUGUAUCGCCGAUCCAUUGCCUGACUUGUUAAUUGAAAUAAUUGCAGGACAGUCGAUUAAGUAACGUGACACGGACGACUGGGUUUCGAAGUUUCACUUCUAGUUUUUACGUUCGCGACACUUAGGCAAAUUAAUCGCGAGAAAAGUGUAGCGUGACAUGAAAAAUGAUAUGUUUAUGGUAGGAAGCGAUAUUUACGAUUAAUGACUUGAUUGGUAGUUGGGAACGAAUUUCUCUUCGAUGAUCUGUAACUAUCGUAAAUUCCGAUUUGAAAGUGCAACUAGCC